AUGCAUCCAGUGGACACUAUCAAGACACAAGUUCAAGCCUCAACAACACUGUCCUUUCUUGAAAUACUAUCAAAGAUUCCAGAGAUUGGUGCUCGAGGUUUAUACAAAGGCUCUAUUCCAGCCGUUGUUGGUCAAUUUGCAAGCCAUGGAUUACGAACAAGUAUAUAUGAAGCAAGUAAACUCGCAUUACCGCGCUUUGCUCCUUCUCUUCUAGACAUCCAAGUUCAGUCAAUAGCGUCGUUUCUUGGCACGGUUCUAGGGACGACGUUACGAAUACCGUGUGAGGUAUUGAAGCAACGGUUACAAGCAAACCUGUUUGACAACAUAGUGGAAGCUACGGUUACGACUUGGCAACAAGACGGUCUCAAAGGACUCUUCCGUGGCACUGGCGUUACUCUUCUACGCGAGGUUCCUUUCUACGUCGCCGGUAUGGGACUUUACAACGAGUCAAAGAAAGUGGUUGAGAGACGGUUAAAGAGAGAGCUGGAGCCGUGGGAGGCCAUCGCGGUGGGAGCCUUGUCUGGUGGUUUCACGGCUGUGUUAACGACGCCGUUCGAUGUGAUCAAGACGAGGAUGAUGACGGCUCCACAGGGCGUGGAUUUGUCCAUGUGGAUGGCUGCGUAUUCGAUUCUAAGAAAUGAGGGUGUUCUUGCUUUUUAUAAAGGAGCUGUUCCUAGGUUCUUCUGGACUGCUCCUCUUGGUGCUUUGAAUUUGGCUGGCUAUGAACUUCUUCAAAAGGCUUUGAUUACAAUACCUCUAAACCAAUCAGUGCAUAGAGAUUAA